AUGGCAGCAAGCGUAAAGAACAAUCCCGAUGUUGCCUCGGACCCAACUGUCGAGGUUGGCUUUGGAGAGUCUACGGCCGUGAGCGAUGGUAAUACCAACACCAAGCGCGGGCUCAAAUCCAGACACACCCAGCUAAUUGCCAUCGGUGGCUGUUUGGGAACUGGUCUUUUUGUUGGUUCAGGGGCCACCUUGGCCAAAGGAGGACCGGCAUUCAUCUUCAUCUGCUACGUAACUGUUUCGAUCCUUGUCUGGAUGGUUGUUACCGCAAUUCAAGAAAUGGCCUCGUAUUUACCCAUCCCAGGAGGCACAAUCGGCUCAUACGCUUCACGAUUCGUCUCUCGCCCUCUCGGCAAUGCCAUGGGCUGGCUCUAUUGGUAUUCAUUCGGGAUCCUCAUUCCCUAUGAACUAACGGCAGCCGGCCUAGUCAUUGAAUACUGGCCAAGCAACAUCAAUGUGGGGAUCUGGCUAACAGUUAUGAUGGUCAUCAUUGUUUGUCUCAACCUUCUGCCGGUUGGCCUCUACGGGGAAACCGAGUUCUGGUUCGCCGGGACAAAGAUUAUCCUUAUCCUCGGGCUACUUCUCCUGUCAUUCAUCCUUUUCCUUGGCGGCGGCCCCAGUGGCGAGCGCCUAGGUUUCCGCUACUGGCAGGAUCCAGGGCCAGUCAAUUAUUGGCUCGUGUCAGGCCCUCCCGGCAUCGCGGCGUCUUUCUUCGGUACCCUGGUCACUUCUGUCUUCCCAUUCACGUUCGGUCCGGAAAUGCUGGUUGUCUCGGCCGGAGAGAUGCAAAAUCCCCGACACAACCUUCCUCGGGCAGCAAGCAAAUUCUUCUGUCGGCUGAUGAUUUUCUAUGUGGGAGGUGUUUUGGCGAUUGGAGUGACUUGUCCGUCCAACAACCCGGAUAUCAUAGCCGGGAAUGCCAAUGCAAAGUCAUCAGCAUUUGUGGUAGCUAUUGUCAACGCAGGUAUUGAUGGUCUGCCGUCUGUUGUGAAUGCCGGGAUUCUGCUCUCAGCAUUGUCAGCUGGGAAUGCAUUCUUAUAUCUCACUAGUCGCUCGCUUUACUCUUUAGCAAAGAACGAUGCAGCGCCCAAGAUCCUCAUGAAAUGCAAUCGAUACGGUACACCGUGGGUCAGUGUUGCUAUUUCUGCGCUCUUCAUCCCCUUGUGCUACCUCAACAUUUUUGAGAGUGGGAGUAUCAUUUUUGGUUAG